CUGUCUAUUUGUCACUUUCUCUUCUUUACCUUACUCCCUCCCCCUCUCUCUAUAGCAUAUACUAUUUAAAAUCUAUCUAUCUACCUAUCAUUGUUGUUCCUGCUAUUAUAGCAGUGAUGCUGCGACGCGACACGCGUGAAUGACGGGGCACGAAGACUAACUCUAUUCUUUCCUUCUUUCAUUCUAUUUAUAUAUAUCUACCUAUCCAUCUCGAUUAUUUAUCCUUCCACCAAACCCUCUUUUAUUCUACUUAACACCGUUCUUAGAUUUUCAAUCAGCGACUUCUUCGUUCAUUCUCUCACAGCUUCCAAUAUUUCUCCUUUAUUUUAUCGCCUUUCAUUUUAAUCAAUAAUUUUAAAAAAAAGAAAAAAGAUAACUCAUUUCUUUUUUAAACUUAGCAAUCCGCUUACUUUCUUUUCUAAAUGCUUCUUAUUCGACUUCUCUUUACAAUAUCUACUAUUUACUGAUCAAUCUCGCUAAUAUUGCUUCUUUCUCUCCCUCUUCAUCAUCUUCCCUUCUCUUUUUUUUAUUAUCUUAAACACUGUUCCAUUCCAUUUCUACUGCUGUCUGUUUUUUUUAUUCUUCUUCUACAAAAUCCCUUUCCUUUUCGCAUUUCUUUUCUUAAACCGCUGUUCAUUUUCUUUUUCUUUUAGUUCCUUCCUCUUGAUAUCCCUUCCAUGUCUUUUUCCCCUCUUUUCAUCUUCUCAUCCUACCGCUGGGUUUUUUCUCUUCCAUUUUUAAAGAUUCUUUUUUUUGUAGUUUUAUUAUUUAUCUUCUCCCCUCAUUCUCCGUUCAUUCUUCUUUUGACCCUCCCCCCUCUCACUAUCAUUUCUCUUCUUAGUUCCCUUUCCUCCUCCUCCCCCUGACUUCCUUCCUCAUCCUACUGCUGUUCUUUUCUCUUUCUUCUUUACUUUCUUCGUUUCUCGGUUUCCUCUUCCUCCUCUUAUAAUUCUUCCGACCGCCUUCCUCCUCUUAUAAUUCUUCCGACCUCCUUCCUCUGAGUUUCUUGGUUCCUUUCUCCCCGUUUCUUGGUUUUCCCUCCUCCUCCUCCGCUUCCGUCUCAUCUUCCCUCCUACCUCUACUCUUUCACCUCCCCCUACUCUCUUUCUCUUUCGUUCUUUCUCCUCUUAGUUUCCUCCUCCUUUUCCUCCACCACUUUUGCGCCCUCUCUCUCUCCCCCUCUCAUAUUUCUGUUCUCUCUCUCUCUCUCUCCCCUUCCUCCUUCUCUUCGUCCUAUACCUUCCAAAUUGUUAGUUUUUUUUGGGUAACUCCAUGGACGAGGAGGACGACGACGACGUCGACUGAUGCUGGCUGGCUGGCUUGGCUGGUGGUGCCGACCCAACAACAAACAACAACAACGCACACAUGCACCGCACACAUCACAGAUCGUAUACACACACACACAUACAUAACAUAACUAAGUCAAACUGACUGACAAAACACAACACGUAACACACAACACAACAAACACCAGCGCACUGUUGUAAACUGCCGUAAUUAAAACAUUGCAUUAUUCAUUGUAUUAUUAGUAUCAUAUAUAUAUCAUAUAUAUACAUAUAUACACACACAACAUGCCGUCUUCCACGGCCGUCCUGUUAACUGCCCUAUUGAUUAUGGCUUCUGAAUGGCUUUACCUUGUGGAUUCCCACCUUAGUCUGUACAUGGAUUCAGAGGAGACUUUCAAACUGCUGGGCAUCACAGCAGAAUUGUCUUAUGUCCGUAAUGGUAUCAUCAACCACCAUGCCCUCUCAUUCAAUCUACCAGUUGCCACAGAAAUCAAUGAGAUUCACUUCACAUGGCAGAGCACAAAAAGAGAAUCGAUGCCUUACAAAAUGCAGUUUUUUGUGUCAAACCCUCAGGCAAUGAACAAACCUACAGCAAAUAUUAGUAAUAACGGUCUUGUACCAACCAAACUCUCAGUGUUCAAAGUGAAACUUCCUUGCACAAAUUUAUUAAAUGCUGAAGUUGAUGUAAAUAUUCAAAUGAAUAUAAGCAUUUUUUCUUCAUCAAAUUGGACGGGGUUGAAUUUUAAAAGGAGAAAAAUAUGCCGGAAAGACCCUACAAUCGGAUUACGCAGUGGCAGUUCCUAUUCAUCUGACCCUCAUUCCUUUUUUGCUGCUCCAUCAGACUCUGAUAAAGUAAACAACAUCAAUUCUUCCACUUACCUGUUCUACAUUGCUGUCGGAUGUGCUUGUGUCAUCAUUCUUCUGAUUGCUCUUGCUGUCACCGCGUACUACCUCAACUCACAGAAAGCUAGCGCCAAAGGGUACGCAGACAAAAUGAGGUUUUCCAUGCUGGAGUGCACAGAUGGCCAAACUGAUAGGGUACCCAGCAACCAAACAGCAAGUGAACAGCUCAUAUCCUGUCCCCAGCACUGUGAGGUGUCUGUGGCUAAGACACCUGACUCUCAACAGCAGUUCAGUCCACCCAGCCCUAGUGACACAAGCAGCUCACAAGCACUCACUCAACAAAGCCAGACAUUCUUGCGAGCUGAUACUCCGAACAAUACUACAGGUUCUGGUCUUCCAAAUUUCCGGCAGGGUAUCUGUAUACCCAUGGACACAAAAGGAACUGAUCCCCGACUUUUAUUAGAAGAAAUUUCAAUAGAAAGAAACCGAAUAACUCUAGGUGAAAUCUUGCUUGAAGGAACAUUUGGUCAAAUUUAUUGUGGAACAAUUAUCACAGAGGAUGAGAAAGGAGGGGAAUUUGAGCAAGAAGUAUUUAUCAAAACUAUCACAGACCAAGCACGUUCGGAUCAGACUCAAGUGUUCCUGCAAGAAUGCUGCAUGCUCAAAGGGCUUAUACAUGAAAACAUCAACCCAGUACUAGCAGCAUGCCUCACCCCACCCGAUCAACAACCCCUCAUAGUAUUUCAUGCCACCAGUGAAGGCAACCUAAAAAAGUUUUUACAGAAAUGCCGCAUGUCAGAAUGUGGUUCACAUUACGCUCUCAACACGCAGCAGUUAGUCUACAUGGCAAUACAAAUAAUCCGAGGAGUCCAGUUUUUGCAUCGGAAAAAGAUAGUUCACAAAGAUUUGGCUACAAGAAAUUGUUUAGUCGACAGUGAUUUAGGUUUGAAAAUUACAGACAAUUCAUUAUCACGGGAUUUAUUCCCUAACGAUUACAAUUGCUUAGGGGACAAUGAAAACCGACCCGUAAAAUGGUUAUCCAUUGAAGCUCUUCUUACCCAUAGAUUCUCUCCUGCCAGUGAUGUGUGGGCUUUUGGUGUCACACUUUGGGAGUUGAUGACACUUGGUCAACAGCCAUACGCUGAUAUUGAUCCCUUUGAAAUGUCAGCAUACCUACAAGAAGGUUAUCGAAUAGCUCAACCUAUAAAUUGUCCCGAUGAAUUAUUCUCUGUGAUGGCUUGCUGCUGGGCAAUAUCUUUUGAAGAACGUCCAAAAUUCUCACAGCUCCUUGUCUGUCUUCAGGACUUUUAUACAGCUCUUGGUCGAUAUAUCUGAAGUAUAAUUAUAAAAAAAAAUAUAUUAAAAAAAUGAAUAUAUAUACAUAUAUGUGUAUAUAUGUAUAUAGGGUUUUUACUGGUGUGUGAGAGUGUAUGUAUGUGUAUAUAUAUGGCUGCAUGUGUAUCUGAGUGUUAAUGUCUGUAUAUGCAUCUGCAAAGGUUUGUGGGUAUGUAAAAUUGUGUAUUUGUAUUUGUGUAAACAUAUGUAUAUACAUGUGUGUAUGUGUGUGUGUGUGUGUAUAUAUAUAUAUAUAUAUCUACAUAUGUAUGUAUAUAUAUGUGUGUAUGUAUGCAU